CUUUGCGUGAAGGACACUUUGGUCACCUCUGUCCACACACUUUGCCUUAAUUUCAUUUUAUUUUAAUUUUACGUCUAUUUACCGAGUCCGCGAGGAUUUCCAACGAUACCGGAUUUAUGUUUUCUGACAUGGUGUCCAAGUUGACAUCGCUUCAGCAGGAGCUCCUGAGCGCCUUGUUGGACUCGGGGGUCACCAAGGAUGUACUGGUCCAGGCGCUGGAGGAUUUGUGUCCAUGUCACCCUGAAUUCGGAAUAAAAGUGGAAAAACCUUUAUCCCCAGGUAGUGCCCACGGCGGCAGCGACUCUAAUGAUUCAAAGCCGGUGUUUCUGACUCUGAGCAGCGUGCAGGGUAAAGGGAGCAAACUGUCCGGUGAUGAAGGCUCGGAUGACGGGGAUGAGUUUGACACGCCGCCGAUCCUGCGGGAGCUGCAGUCUCUGAACACGGAGGAGGCGGCGGAGCAGCGCGCUGAGGUGGAGCGCAUGUUAUCAGAGGACCCGUGGAGGGUCGCGCGCACUGUCAAAGGCUACAUGCAGCAGCACAAUAUUCCCCAGCGCGAGGUGGUUGAUGUCACGGGUCUCAAUCAGUCGCACCUGUCGCAGCACCUGAAUAAAGGAACACCGAUGAAGACUGCCAAACGAGCCGCGCUUUACACCUGGUAUGUCCAGAAACAGCGCGAAAUCGACCGACAGUUCGAUCGUGUUCAGGGCUCUGACCCCAUUGACUCAGGCAGUCAGGAUCAGGUCCUGUUUUUUUUCCCAGAAUUCAACCAUGCCGGACACAGCUUGGGGGCAGUGGGAGGUUCAGGGGGGCCACUCAGAGAAGAGGGGGAGCCAGGCUCUAAGAGAGUGAGGCGAAACCGCUUCAAAUGGGGUCCAGCAUCUCAGGAAAUCCUCUACCAGGCUUAUGAACGACAGAAGAACCCCAGCAAAGAAGAGAGGGAGGCGCUGGUGGAGGAGUGCAACAGGGCAGAGUGUGUGCAGAGGGGUGUGUCACCCUCUAAAGCUCAUGGACUGGGUUCUAAUCUGGUCACAGAGGUUCGGGUAUACAACUGGUUUGCUAACCGGCGUAAGGAAGAGGCCUUCAGACAGAAGCUGGCGAUGGACACGUAUACUCCCCACAGCAUGAACCCCCUGAUGUCUCAUGCAUCCUCACACACCCAACACCAUCACAGCAACUCAGAUUCAAAACUGAGGUAUAGUCAACAAGGAACCAGUGAGGUCACUUCUUCGACAACCAUCAGUCACCAUGGUAACAGCCAUUCAGUAUUGCAACAGGUGUCUCCAGGUAGUCUGGACCCCUGCCACAGCCUGUUAUCAACGGAUGGCAAAAUGAUCACGGUGUCAGGUGGAGUCUUGCCUCCUGUGAGCACUCUGACCAACAUUCAUAGUCUUUCUCAGUCGUCUCAUCAUCACCAGCAAGCACAGAACCUCAUUAUGAGUUUGGCUGCUCAAAGUUUGACAUCUCCUCAGUCUCAGAGUGUGCCAGUCAUCAACAGUGUAUCUGGACUCACCACCCUGCAGCCCAUGCAGUUCCCCCUGAGCACCAGCCUGACACCACUGACCACAGCACACAUCUCCACACAGCCCUUCACACAGUCUCACAUGUAUUCUCCCAAACAGGAAGCUGCUCAGUUUUCCCAUCCCCCUCGAUACACGACAAUGGACACCAGCACCAUCACACACCUGGGCUCCAGCAAGCAGUGUCCUUUGCAGGCCUGGUGAAUGAACACACCAGAGUGAGAACUUCUCGGCAGCUUAGCAACAGCAGUGCCUGACAUCUGCAUUCAUCAGUUACUGUGGAAACCUCCCAGUGUGGAGAACCAACAGGAGCGACACUGCCUCUGGAUUGUACGACAAAUGAGUAAUUGUGAUUUAUAUCUUACACCUUUAAGCCAUAGCGGAUGACAGAAUAAACUGAUGGAACUUGCUGGAACAAUUGAAUACUGAGCCAAAGGUUUCACACCAGCCAAUUUUGGCUGAUGAAAUCUUCCAAUAUACUGUAAAUACAAUCUGAUGAAGAAAUAUAGUUUGUUAUAAAAUACAAGGUCAACCUUUCAAGCAAAAACACAAAAAUAGUCAGUCAACCACGGAUGAGAUUUUGUUUUCUACAGACAUUGUUUGAGAUUUUAGAUGUAUCCCAUAUUUUAAAAUAAAAAUAAAAAUCAUCAUAUUACCAUGUAAAUUCACAUUCAUCAGUAGUAUCUCCAUUUCAAUACACAUUGCACAUAAAAGUUAUCCCAAAAGAUGCUACAAUUUCUUCUCAGGGACUGAUUUCACACUACUCCAUUGUAGCUAAUAUUAUGAAAAUGUAUAUAACUGACUAAAGCUGUGCUUUUUUAUAUACAGUAUGUUUUGGAAUCACCUCAAUCAUAUUUAUAUUUGUGUAAAAUUGACUGAAAUAAUACAUUUUUGAAGAAUG